AUGGAGGCAAAGGCAAAGGAACAAGAGGCGUUGUCCUCUAGGACUCAAGGCAGAGAAGCCCUCGAUCAUGCUACAACGGCUGCAGAACUGUAUAUGAAAGCAGCCCAAGUAGCAUCAAGCCCCGAGGAUAAAAGCCGUCUGAUUAAAAAAUGCCAAUCAUUACUUUCUAAGGCCGAAAACCUCAAGAAGUUAUGUCAAGCUGGGGGUAGCGUCGCUGCAGUAGAGAAGCGUCUGAAGCUGCCACGACCAGUACGCAAAAUUCCUACGAGCGAGCAAACUAUCCUACUUCGCAAUUCUCGGCUUUGUGGGAGUAUCUUUCCGCCAUGGGACUCAGAUCCUACUCCUAAUGAAUUCAGCGGCAAUGCUUUUAACGAUCCUUCGAAUUUUUCAUUAUCUACUCGCCAGGAAGCAGUUUUCUCAGGCUGGAAACGACCCUUGGAGAUUCUGGGUCGAGAGACCCCACCGAAUUCUGCUGAACAGAACAAUGACUUCCUAAUGGAGGCCCAACACGACUAUGACCUAGUCCAGGACAUAACAACAGACUGUUCUGUCGUUGCGAGCCUCUGCGCCAGUAUGCGUCACCUGCGUCCGGGCCCUACAUCUAUCCUACCGGCCCUAAUGUUCCCCAUAGACUCCGAGAGUGGACAGCCGAAGUUUUCAGCCAAUGGGAAGUAUAUGUUUCGCAUGUUCUUCAACGGCUGCUUCCGUAAAGUUGUCAUUGAUGAUCGCCUCCCUUCAUCCUCAACGGACCGUACUCUCUAUGUUGUAGACCGUCAAAAUCCGGAUCUCAUCUGGCCUGCCCUUAUGGAGAAGGCCUAUCUGAAGGUUCGGGGCGGGUACGACUUUCCAGGAAGUAACUCCGGUACUGACUUAUACGUCUUGACGGGUUGGAUACCGCAGCAAUUGUUCCUACAGAGUGAUGAAGUAGACUGGGACCGCACGUGGAAGCGCGUCAAGAAGGCUUACGAUUACGGCGACGUAGUAGUGACGUUAGGGACGAGGCGGCUUUCACCGGAUGAGGAGGAGACGUUGGGGUUAGCAGGAGAGCACGACUACGCGGUUCUUGAUAUGUCCGAGACAUCAGAGAGUAGGAGAUUAUUGGUCAAAAACCCAUGGUGCGACGGUCUCAGCUGGAAAGGGGCAGGUUCGUUCGAUACAUCACAGCAAGUAACAGAUGAUCACCCCGUCAAGUUGAAGCCAGGCUCCUUCUGGAUCAGUUUCGAUGAUGUGACACAAAACUUCGAAUCUCUCUAUCUGAAUUGGAACCCGAGCCUCUUCACCGAGCGCCAGGACCACCACUUCACCUGGAAGCUCCCCGAGGCUACUAUGGCUGGCUCCUUUGCACACAACCCCCAGUAUUCUAUGUCUACUGCGGUAGACGGCAGCACCUGGAUUCUACUAAGCCGUCACUUCCAAGACGAAGAGCUCAAUAUUAUGUGCAAGUACCGUGCUACCGACAACGACGAUGCCACCAUCUCCUCUCUCGCCGAGGUGUCUAACAGACUCGGUUUUAUAAGUAUAUACAUAUUUGCGAAUAGCGGAGGCAAACGUGUGCAGCUAAGCACCCAACCCAUCUUCCGCAGUGACUUUAUAGACUCCCCGCAAACGCUCGCGCCCUUCGAAGCCAAGCGUGGUAUCACUUACACUGUUGUCGUCGCCGCUCAAGAACUACCCCUCCCACAGUACUCCUUUACCCUAUCAUUCUUUUCACGCGCUCCUCUCGUCGUCGCCCCAGCCGAGCCCGUCUUCCGUUACUACAUAGACGUGAAUGGAUCCUGGACGCGCCGCACCGCCGGCGGCAAUGCCGCUUCUGCCAGUUAUCUAGACAACCCUCAAUUCAGCCUUGUUCUCCCCCGAGCAGGACCUCUUUCACUCCUACUAUCUACCGCCCGUGAUGACCUACCUGUGCAUAUUGACGUGGUAUGGGCCGGUGGUCGCCGCGUCACAGCCGUCGGAAAUCGUGAUCUGGUCGUCACGUCGGGCGACUACCGACGCGGCUGUGCACUCGCCGAGGCACCCAAUGUUGACGCUGGCACUUACACUGUCGUAUGCUCAACUUUUGAACCAGGCUGCCUGGCCGAUUUUACAUUACGCGUCGGUUCCGAUAUCAGUUGCACCAUAGCCCCAGUGCCAGCUGACGCUGCAGGCCGCUUACGCAUGCAAUUACCGGAUCUCGUAUUCCGCGGUCCGUCGUCAUCUUCUUCGUCUUCCGAUAGCGAAGUUCACAAAAAGAAGCGCGCCGCCGUUUCAGCCGCGCGGCUCACGCGCGCAAGCGUCGUCGUGACAAUGCGAGACAACUAUCGCGCUACACCCCGAGGAGGCGCCAGCACGCCGCGAUCGCACCCUACCGUGCGCGCGAGUAUCGAAUAUGGCACGGGGCCCGACAAACUAGUCAUAGCGUCUACGGACAGUAUCGCCAGCAACACAGGCGAGUUUAGAGAAGUUGGUGCUAACGGACUGCGCACGAGCGAGUUCGAUAUCGACCCCCGCGGCAGCGGGCUAUGGCUUGUCGUCGAGCAGUUAGGUCUAUACCACUCCCCGCCGUCGAUAGGCGACGGUAGCGGCGGCGAACUGCAAGUAGAGAUCCUCAGCGAGGGGCCGGUACAGGUUGGCAUGUGGGAGACGGUGAAUGUGUGA